CGAUUCUGCUCUGAUCGCGGUCUUACUGCGGUAAAGCGGAUAUCUGCAGCUGAUCUGACAGACAGACAGGAGUUAUCGCUGGUCAGGGUGAAGUAAAUUUGAGGAAUCGAGAGAAAAGGAGGUAUCGGUAGUCGAGUUAAACGAGCCUCUUCAUGCUCGACACGGCUGUGGGCUCGGGGUUCUGUCCUUCAGCGCCAUGCAGGAGGAGGGAGAGAGCGACGGGAGGGUGUCAGGAUGGGGUUGGUGGCCCUCUUGGCGUCCUACAUCUCUGUCCCUCCUGAAGCACACAGAGACAAAAAUACUGGAUCGUGUUCAGAAUGACCUGUGGGCUCGAUUCGUCUCACUGCCCACUCAGGACCGAAUCUGGACUCUGACCAUAACCCAUAAAAGUCUCAGGGAAGCUCCAAAACCAUCGUCUCGGACUCCGCUGGUGAUGGUGCAUGGUUUUGGUGGAGGGGUGGGUUUGUGGAUCAGGAAUCUGGACCCUCUGUGCCGAUCUCGGCCCGUCUUCGCCUUUGACCUGCUGGGCUUCGGACGCAGCUCACGCCCUCGUUUCCCUCUGGACCCCGUCCAGGCCGAGCAGCAGUCAGUCAUCUCAAUAGAACACUGGAGGCGGGCCCUGGGCCUGGAGAACAUGAUCCUAUUGGGUCACAGUUUGGGCGGUUACCUGGCAACAUCCUAUGCCAUACAGUACCCUGAGAGAGUUCGUCACCUGAUCCUUGUGGACCCCUGGGGUUUCUCACCUAUGCCUGCAGAAGGGAUGUCCAAGCUGGGCUGCCCGCGCUGGGUGGAGGGGCUCAUAGCCGUGGCCUCCUUCUUCAACCCUCUGGCUGUGAUCCGUGUCGCAGGGCCGUGGGGGCCUAAGUUAAUCAGUCGUGUUCGGCCAGACUUCAAGAAGAACUUUGAGGAGCUUUUUGAUGAUGACACCAUUAUGGAUUACGUCUAUCACUGCAAUGCACAAACUCCCAGUGGAGAGGUGGCUUUCAGAGCUAUGUCUAAUUCACUGCUCUGGGCGAAGAGGCCUAUGCUGGACCGGGUUCACCUCUUGCCUCCUGACCUUCCAGUGACUCUGGUGUAUGGAGGGCAGUCAUGGAUGGACAGCAAAACAGGAGAGAAAGUGGCUCAGCUUAGACCUAACAGCUGCACUCGCACAGUGGUGGUGGAAGGAGCUCCUCAUCAUCUUUAUGUUGAUAAGUCUGAAGCUUUCAAUGCUCUGGUGCAGAGCAUCUGUGACGCAGUGGACUGAAUCAUGAUUGUAAAUGUGUGCGCUUGUACAAAAGAGAGAGUUUAUUUCCAAUACUGGGCUACAAAAUUCACUUUUUAAAUAAAUAGUUUCAUAAAAUGUUUUUCACAUUAAUUAUUAAUUAUUGUGUCCUGCAAUGGACUUGCGAUUUGUCCAGCGUGCAUCCUGCCUUCCGCCAGGGAUAGGCUCCAGCAGGACCCAGAAGGAUAAGCAGUUUAGAAAAUGUGUGUGUGUGUGUGUGUGUGUGUGUGUGUGUGUGUGUUUGUUAAUUAUUGUUGGAAUUGUAGGCACAUGGUAGGACUUCAAGAGUGCAAUAACUACUGUUUUCUUAAAACUGGAUUUGGAGGUCAGUGUACAUUAAAAAAUAGAAGUGUUCAAAGCGACAUGCUAACGCUCCUCUAAUGCAAAUAAAUGUUUUUACUAAAUGUUGCAACUGUCAGCCAUCAUUAAAGUGUUUUUUCAUUAAA